GCGGCUCCUAGGAGGACUGAGGACAUCAGGCAGUCCUGCAGGACCGAGGGAGCUCUCUAGGUGCCCACGUGGCUUGCUCUGGGCAAGAGGGGUCCCAGGAGGACAGGAGGUCCCAGGACAAAGAGAGAGCCAGCAGUCAGCCCAGGAGCCUCACUUACAUCCCACCCUGAGUCCAAAUGUUCUCUGCCUGGAAGAGACCGAUGUUCCUGUCUUUUCAUGAGGACCCUGUGCCCACUACAGCCUCUCUCAGCACUGAAAUGUUCAACAGCACCUCGCAAGACCUCAUGCCCACUCUCAAUGGGACCCUGCCCAGUCCCUGCGUCUACCCCGAGUGGUGGAACUGGCUUAACACCAUCCAGGCCCCCUUCCUCUGGGUCCUGUUCAUACUGGCCGCCCUCGAGAACCUCUUCGUCCUCAGCAUCUUCUGCCUCCACAAGAGCAGCUGCACGGUGGCUGAGAUCUACCUGGGCAACCUGGCCCUGGCAGACCUGAUCCUGGCCUCCGGGCUGCCCUUCUGGGCCAUCACCAUCGCCAACAACUUCGACUGGCUCUUCGGGGAGGUGCUGUGCCGCGUGGUGAACACCAUGCUCUACAUGAACCUCUACAGCAGCAUCUGCUUCCUGAUGCUGGUGAGCAUCGACCGCUACCUGGCCCUGGUGAAAACCAUGUCCAUGGGCCGGAUGCGCGGGGUGCGCUGGGCCAAGCUCUACAGCCUGGUGAUCUGGGGGUGCACGCUGCUCCUGAGCUCGCCCAUGCUGGCCUUCCGGACCAUGAAGGAGUACAGAGACGAGGGCUACAACGUCACCGCCUGCGUCAUCAUCUACCCGUCCCGCACCUGGGAAGUGUUCACCAACGUCCUCCUGAACUUCGUGGGCUUCCUGCUGCCCCUGACCGUCAUCACCUUCUGCACGGUGCAGAUUAUGCAGGUGCUGCGGAACAACGAGAUGCAGAAGUUCAAGGAGAUCCAGACGGAGAGGAAGGCCACGGUGCUGGUCCUGGCCGUGCUGCUGCUCUUCGUCAUCUGCUGGCUGCCCUUCCAGAUCAGCACCUUCCUGGACACGCUGCUGCGCCUCGACAUCCUGUCCGGCUGCCGGCAUGAGCACCUGGUGGACGUCUUCACGCAGAUCGCCUCCUACGUGGCCUACAGCAACAGCUGCCUCAACCCGCUGGUGUACGUGAUCGUGGGCAAGCGCUUCCGCAAGAAGUCCCGGGAGGUGUUCCGGGGACUGUGCCAGAAAGGGGGCUGCGUCCUGGAGUCCAACAAGAUGGACAACUCCAUGGGCACCCUGCGGACCUCCGUCUCGGUGGAGCGCCAGAUUCACAAACUGCCCGAGUGGGCGGAGAACAGCCAGUGAGGGGCCGCGGCCGCCAGGACCACGGUUCGUGUGUGCGAGGACCGAGGGACAGCAGAGCUUCAGGAUAUGCCUGACAAGGAAUGGCAGGCAGGCCACGUGUGUGGCCUCGGCCAAUAAGUCGAUGUCUCUGGUAACACCCAGGAGCUUGGCUCCUGUCCCAUGCAAGCUGCAGGGGGCCAGGCCGGGAGGGUGGGGUGGCCUCACACCCAGCCAAGGGGCCCCAUAAACACGACAGUAUUAUUGUCCUCAUUUGCCACCGCCUCUGGGCCAGUCUGCAUCUUUCCAGGAGUGGAAGGGGCCUGGGGACAGGGACAGGAGUGACUGAG